GCACUGUGGGCGUUCCAUAGUAUGCUGACAACUUGUGCCUUCUUUGCGCUUGCGGCGUGUGCACAUUGCUGCUUGUUUUGUUGCCUUGUGUGUCAACAACGCUUGUUGUAAAUCAGUUUGCCUCGAAAUAUCGUUGGUAUUCAGGAUUUUCACAGCUUUGCCAAGAAGUUCAUUUGAUAAGAAAUUGAUAAAUUUUACAUUGUUUAUUACUGUAUGGAAUCUCAAAAGUAGAAAGAAAUAAAUGAAAUCAAAAUUUGUAGUGUUGAUACCUGAAAAACACUGGAACCAUUAUAUAAAAUGUCUACUGACCACAACACCAAGGAAAAAAAUGUGACUGAAUUUAAUGAAGUAAAAGUAAAUGAACAGGGUGGUUCUAAGGAACUUUGCAGAAAAGACAAGAGAGAAUAUAAAUGUGAACAUUGUGGGGAAAAGUUUGAUUUAGUUACUUUAAAAACACAUUUGGGAAUCAAAACAGAAGAUGUGCCAUUUCAAUGUAAACAUUGUGAAAAACAAUUUGAGCGCAACAGUGAAUUUGAAAAACAUAUACAGAUGCACACAGAAGGGACACAACAUGAAUGUGAAUAUUGUGGAAAGAAAUUUAAAUACCGUAGCUUUUUGAAAACGCAUUUAAAGACACAUACAGGAGAGAGAGACCAUGAAUGUGAACAUUGUGAAAAGAAAUUUAAUAAAAGCAGUGAUUUAAAACUACAUUUGAGGAUACAUACAGGAGAAAGACCAUUUGAAUGUGAACAUUGUGGAAUGAAAUUUAAACAGCGUGGCACUUUGAAAGCGCAUGUAAGGAUACAUACAGGAGAGAGACCAUAUGAAUGUGAACAUUGUGGACAAAAAUUUAAACAAUCGUCCGGUUUGAAAUCACAUGUAUGGAAACAUACAGGAGAAAGACCAUAUGAAUGUAAACACUGUGAAAAUACAUUUACAAGAAGUAGCCAAUUAAAAGAAAAUUUAAGGAUACAUACAGGAGAAACUCCAUAUGUAUGUGAACAAUGUGGAAAAAAAUUUAUACAAUUGUCCAGUUUGAAAACACAUGUAUGGAAACAUACAGGAGAGACUCCAUAUGAAUGUGAACAUUGUGGAAAGAAAUUUUAUAAAAGUAGUAAUUUAAAACAACAUUUGAGGGUACAUACAGGAGAAAGACCAUUUGAAUGUGAACAUUGCGGAAAGAAAUUUAAACAGUCCCCUGCUUUAAAAAAACAUGUGAGGAUACAUACAGGAGAGAGACCAUAUGAAUGUGAACAUUGCGGAAAGAAAUUCAAUCGUAGUAAUCAUUUAAAUCAACAUUUGAGGAUACAUACAGGAGAGACUCCAUAUGAGUGUGAACAUUGUGGAAAGAAAUGUAGUAGAAGUUAUAAUUUAAAACAACAUUUGAAGAUACAUACAGGAGAGAAGCCAUAUGGAUGUGAACAUUGUGGGAAGAAAUUUAAUAGUAGUAGUGAAUUAAAAAAGCAUUUAAGGAUACACAAAAGUGAAAGAGCAUUUGAAUGUGAACAUUGUGGAAAGAAAUUUAAACAGCAUUCUGGUUUGAGAAUGCAUGUAAGAGUACAUACUACUACACGAGAGAGAAAUGAAUGUGAACAUUGUGGAAAGCUGCAUAGGAAUGUUAACAUUGUUGGACGCAGAAGGGAAACACCAAGAAUAUGCAUACAGGAGAGAGACCAAAUGAAUGUGGAAUGUGAACAUUGCGAAAAGAAAUUUAAUAGUAGCAGGAGUGAUUUAAAACAACAUUUGAGGAUGCACACAGGAGAAAGACCAUUUGAAUGUGAACAUUGUGGAAUGAAAUUUAAACGGUCCACUGCUUUGAAAGCACAUGUAAGGAUACAUACAGGAGAGAGGCCAUACGAAUGUGAACAUUGUAAAGAAAUUUAACAAUCGUCCAGUUUGAAAACGCAUGUAUGGAAACAUACAGGAGAAAGACCAUAUGAAUGUAAACACUGUGAAAAUAACAUUUAAAAGAAGUAGCCAAUUAAAAGAAAAUUUAAGAAUACGUACUUGAGCAACUUCAUAUGAAUGUGAACAUUGUAGAAAGAAAUUUAAUAGAAAUUGUGAUUUAAAACAACAUUUGAGGGUACAUACAGGACGAUAUGAAUGUCAAAAUUGUAAAAAGAAGUUUUAUGGAAAAAACAACAACAUUUGAAGAUACACACAGACGAAUAUGAAUGUACUUUAUUAUUAUCUUCCAUUAUUAAAACAAAGUUUCGUCUUCCUUUGUGUGCCUAACCAUAUUCAGUACUUGGUUCUGAUACAAUGACUUAUAAAAUCAACAAGUUCGAAUUCAAUUAUCUUACUUGCUUUUUUACAAAUUUUAUUAUUUAGCUUUGCUUUUUAAAAUUAGCAUGUUUUGAUAAAAUCAAAUGAAGUAAAAAUUCAUGAUACUACGAACGACUGAUUCGAAGAAGAGAUGAAUAAAUUUGGUAUCAACACUUAAAAUCUUCAUUUGACGUACAAGGUAAAGCCUUUAGCUGCCUUAAAAUAUACUUUAUCUACAUGUAAGGUCCAUGUUAACUUGCUGUCAACAAUGCAACCUAAGUAUUUGUACUCAUUAACCUGUUCAAUCUCAGUAUCAUUAUUAUACUUAUUAUUAUUAUUGUUAUUAUUAUUAUUAUUAUUAUUAUUUAUAAUAAUAAUUUUCAAUAAUAAUAUUUUUUUAAUAUUAUUAUUUAUUAUUAUGUAUUACCUGGAAAAUUGUGAUUAUUUGCACUAGUAAAAAUUACAAUCAGCCAUGUUAUAGUUUGAGUAGGUUUUAGUUUCAUAGGACAACAUCAAAUUUUUUUUAAAUGUCAGACUCAUUUUAAAUUGUGACAUAUACUACUGUAUAUACUACCAGACACUACCAUCUCAUAUUGAACAGGAAUGUUUGUUUAAUUAGCCUUUUACUGUAUGUGUCACUACAAUAAUUUGGAAUUCACUUUCUUUACUUUGGUUUUAUUAAAUAUACAUUCAACUAUA